ACGGCGACAGACGACGACAGUCGUCGUUGUCUGGCGCCGUCCGAUUUUGCCGUGAGCUCCUCUCCGUCCGCGCGUUUGCCGGUCUAAAAGACUCGUUAUUGGCGGUCAUCAGCCCGACGAUGAGUACGUUCGAGGAUCUCAAAACGCGGCUCACCGCCGCCGGGAUAUACCACCAGACGUGCCUCGAUGCCAUUGGAGGCGCAGAGGACGACGGGAGGUCGAAAAUAAGACGCGCGGAUUUAAGGAACGUUAUAAAAAACUCGACAGAGUUGACCAGCAACAGUCUGGCCAUCCUGUAUGCACUUGAGGAAUCUAUUGGGGCCACCAAUAGUAGUUCAUCAGGUGACAUGCAGUUGACUGGCAGGUCAGAAGUCAAAGAAAAGUUUUAUACUCGAAGCGUGUUAAGGUUCGUCGCGGAUGUGGUGGUGGCGAAGGACGGGUCGGGAAACUUUACGAGGAUCGGGGACGCGCUAAGCGUCGUUCCGAGGGAGAGCGACCGGAGGGUGGUGAUCUACGUGAAGGCCGGGGUUUAUGAUGAGAUUGUGAAUGUUGGGGUGGAUAAGUGGAACGUUGUGAUGAUCGGCGACGGGAUGGACGCCACAAUUGUUACCGGAAACCUCAACUCCGGUGACGGAACAGGAUCCUAUUUUUCUGCAACAUUCAGUACGUAAACGUACCCUAUUUAAUUGCUAUCUAUGGCUUGCACAUCUUACAUUUACUCCUUUCAUUUCAUUCCUUUUUAACUGAUCACUGUUAUAUGAUUUUCUCAUUCAUUGAUGGAGUAUUUUUCAUAUACACCCUUCAUUCUUCAAAGAGUUUCUUUUAACUUUCUUUGUCAAAUAUUCCUCCAUUCCUGAAAACCUUUCUCUUUUCUUUUUUCAUUCGUCCCAAAAAACACUUCUCAUUUCU